AUGUCAGUUGGAGGAAGCGGUGGUCGAGAUUUGGCUCUGUUGAUGUUAAAAUCAUUACCGAGAGUAUGUUUGGGAAACUUACGAGCUAAUCCCGGUACAUUGAAAAAGAAUAAAAGAGGAAGAGGUCAACACGGCGGUGACAAACAUGGUCAUGGAAACAAAGGUUCUGGUCAACGACAAAAUUACAUGAGACUUGGAUAUGAAACAGGAAAUAGACCAUUCUAUCUUAGAUUUGGUUUCGAACCAUACUAUAAAAAUCACCAUUUGAGGCGUCAAUAUCCUCCAUUCAGUUUACAACAACUGCAAAUGCUUAUAGAUACAAACCGAAUUGAUACCUCAAAACCGAUUGAUCUCGCAACUUUGAUAAACACUGGUUUAUUUUCUAUCGAUACUAGGCAGACUCAUGCUGGAUUCCAACUCACUAUUGAUGGUGCUGAUCACUUCAAUUCCAAAGUUAAUAUUGAAGUACAAUGGACAACUGAGCCAGUAAUAGCGGCAAUCGAAAAAAAUGGAGGCACGAUAACUACAGCUUAUUAUGAUAAGAUUAGCUUAGAUUGCUUAGCAGAUACAAAAAAAUUUUUCAAGAGAGGUAGUCCAAUUCCUCGAAGAAUGCUACCACCUAUAGAUUGCUUAGAAUAUUACAGCAGUGCAGCUACUCGAGGUUAUCUAGCUGACGUACAACAUGUUGCACAUGAAAGACUUGUUUUAUCACAAAAAUAUGGUUACACUUUACCGGAAUUAGAAAAUGAUCCUGAAUUCAACAUGCUUGCGAAACGUAAAAAUCCACGGCAGGUAUUUCAUGGUCUAGCACCCGGUUGGGUCGUAAGUUUGAAAGAUAAAGCUAUUUUGAAACCAACAGCUGACUAUCUCAAAGAAUAUUAUACUAAUUAA